AUGUCGAGAGGAGGACUAUUCACAAGUUUCUUCGAAUUGUUGAUAUUUUCUAUCCUUUGGGGGGUCACUGUGGGUCCGGAGAUACUCAGGGCCUGUCUCGAUUGCAGUUCACAGGCCUCUGGGGCCAAUGUCAAUCUCGAGGAUGUCGAGAGCAGGGUCUCGAGACUGGAGAGGAGGCUCAGAGCUAUGGAGCAACCUGUUUGGGAGAUCAGGGGAUGGUCUGGGGACUGGGAAAUAUGCGCGGAGGGCCCCUGCAAGUGUCGACCCGAGACGAAAUCCAUUUCCUGUUGGAGAUUAGAACUGAUAGACGUACCACCGGCUCAACUAGUGCCUCAGGACACCCUGAAAAUUGAUCUGGGGAGCAACGAGUUGAGUGCCCUCCACAGGGACACCUUUCAGGAUCUGACCCACCUGCGAGAUCUGGAUCUCAGUAAUAAUAUGAUCGAGCACCUCCCUUUGAGUAUUUUCUACUCACUCCAUAGUGUCACUAGUUUGAAGUUGAGCAAGAAUUUGUUGAGGGAUUUGCAUCAGAGUCAAUUGCUGAGGAUGAGGAAUCUUCAGAUUCUUGAUUUAUCAUCCAAUAAACUUCUCAACCUCCCAGACGGUCUCUUUAUAACAAACACAGUUCUCUACCUCCUCGAUGUAUCGUCAAACCGCAUAACAACACUUCCAAAGGGAAUUUUCCACGGUUUACGAAACCUCGAGGAUCUCCUUUUCGCGAAGAACCACCUCUCACAUCUCGAUGUGAACGCACUGAGGGAUCUCGUCAGCCUCAAGUGCAUCAGACUGGAAGAGAAUCGUCUCCGGGAUCUCCCAGUUGGACUUUUAGACUCGCAAAUUAAUCUCGUGGAGCUAAACGUGAGAGACAACAGACUCGUCUCACUCCCGUCGAAUUUAUUCAGCCGGCUGGAACGUUUGACGAGCUUAGAUCUCUCCAGUAACUUAAUAUCAAAGAUGGACAGAGACGCAUUUCGAGGUCUCACUGCUCUCCGAGAACUUCGCCUGGGUCGCAAUCACAUAAAGACAUUUCCCAAGGGAAUUUUCCUGAGGACUCCCUCGCUGCAGCACUUGGUUCUCUAUGCAAACGCCAUUGAAACUUUGGUCGAUGGGGAUUUUCAGGGACUUCACAAUCUAACUUCACUGUUUUUACAUUCUAACAGGAUUCGGUACCUGCAGCCUGAUGUUCUCAAAGACACUCCGAAUUUGAAGAAAUUAAAAUUAUCCCGCAGACAACUAGAGGGUAAUCAUCUCCAACACUUGCCGGUUCGUUUCUUGGACAGUGUCCCGAUAAUCCAACAACUGCGUCUCGCCCGUAACCCCUGGCAUUGCGACUGUCACGCAGCGUAUUUAGCGAUGUGGCUGAGGAAGAUGUAUCUGUCGCGGGUAAAUGCGACUGCCAAUGGCCGUGGAAAUUUCUGGGAGUCCGGGGCCGGCGCCAUAUGCCGGGGCCCGGGGACUCUCGGGGGAAAAUUAGUCGCCGAAUUAUCUUUCUACGAUCUUUGCGAGGGCCAGUGGGCCUCCAUGAAGGGCCUCUCACCGAGAAUUCCCGUCGAUGUGCUCGGCUGAAGGCGCCUCACUUUUCUCAACGAAUAUCAAGCCAAAGUUCACGGUUCGCUACUGUCGGUCUAUCGGCGGAGUUGAUUUACUUAAUUUC